AUGAACUCCUUAUUUAAUGCGUGUUCCACGGCUUUAUUUGCAAGGACGACUAGCACUCUUGUGGCAAGGUGUUUGGAGGUCACCUGGAGAAGAAGAAUCAACAAUCAUUCUGCAAUUACAGUUGCAGAAAAUGGAUUUCUUUUGACAAGAUUUCGUGCUAGUUGUUACUCCACUAGUAAAGCCAAAGGUGUUGGUAAAUCAAAGACAAAGAACUCGGAUUCUAAACCUGUGAAGAUGAUGGGUGAAGAGAAGAAUGCUUUUUUUGUUGUUCGAAAAGGCGAUCUUGUUGGUGUUUACAAGAACUUAAGUGAUUGUCAGGUUCAAGUUGGAUCUUCGGUAUGUGAUCCUCCUGUUAGUGUGUAUAAAGGCUACACAAUGCCUAAAGAAGCUGAAGAUUAUAUGAUUUCUUGUGGGCUUAAGAAUGCACUUUAUUCCAUUAGAGCUGCAGAUUUAACAGAAGAGCUAUUUGGGAAUCUUGUGGCAUGUCCUUUUCAGCAACCGCAUUUUACCUUAGGAGAACCUUCAAGUGAUCAUUUGUCCAAAAGAAGGUUUCAGGAAGUUUUAGGAUCACAAACAGGGGAAGCAUUUGGAUUGACACCCAUGUCAAGUGAUUCUGCAAGGAAGCAUGCUAAGUUGGAACAUCUUGCAACUCAAGCUCUGUCUACUACUCGUACUUGUAUUCUUGAAUUUGAUGGUGCGUCAAAAGGAAACCCUGGACAAGCAGGGGCAGGAGCUGUUUUAAGAACCGAUGAUGGGAAUUUGAUUUGUAGAUUGCGUGAAGGUUUAGGAAUAGCAACAAAUAAUGUUGCUGAAUAUCGAGCUAUGAUUCUAGGGUUAAGAUUUGCUCUUAGCAAAGGGUUUACAAGUAUACGAGUGAUGGGUGAUUCCAAACUUGUUUGCAUGCAGGUUCAAGGUCUAUGGAAGGUGAAAAAUCAAAACAUUAGCAAGUGGUAUGAAGAAGCAAAGAAGCUUAAAGAUAAAUUUCUAUGUUUCCAGAUCGAUCAUGUUUUAAGGGACUUGAACUCAGAUGCAGAUGCUCAAGCAAACCUAGCUGUGGAUCUUGCAGAUGGUCAGAUUCAAGAAGUUGAUUCAUAGUUGAAGACUACAUUUCUUACUACAAAUUUAUCCAUAACCCCAAAUGUCAUACAAAUGAUCAAGAAUUAUUAAAGUCUGUUCAUUUUUUUUUUGGAGAUUUUAAUGAUUGUUUUUCUAAGUUAGCUUCUAUUUUUGAGAUUAUGGGGGGUAUUUUGGUAAUUGGUGCGACUCUCAUGAUUAGUGCAUGGAAAAACAUGUGGAGGGUUGUGAAAUGUAAGGUUCAUAGAGACUGAAAUGUAUUUGUUAAGAUUAUAACCUAAUAUUUUAGCUUGGUAUAAGGUAGUAUCUAUAUACCACUAGACAUGUUUACUAUUUGAAUUUAAAUUUAAAUUUAGGUUUUACUCAA